GUGUGGGAAGGACCCGCGGUUUCGGCGGGUUCCGUUAAAAUGGCGCCCUCGUCGCCGGCGGUGCCCGCGGGGCCUUAGCCUGUCGGGGACGCGGGAGCCCGCGGGGCGCGGGGCGGGCGGCGGGGCCUCCGGAGCGCGGCGGGCUCGGGCCGGGGGCUCCGCGGGCCCGGUGGGCAGACCCGGGCGAGCAUGGCGACCCCGGACCAGAAGUCGCCGAACGUCCUGCUGCAGAACCUGUGCUGCCGCAUCCUGGGCAGGAGCGAAGCUGAUGUAGCCCAACAGUUCCAGUAUGCUGUGCGAGUUAUUGGCAGCAACUUUGCCCCAACUGUUGAGAGAGAUGAAUUUCUAGUAGCUGAAAAAAUCAAGAAAGAACUUACUCGACAAAGAAGAGAAGCAGAUGCUGCAUUAUUUUCUGAACUCCAUAGAAAACUUCAUUCACAGGGAGUUUUGAAAAAUAAGUGGUCAAUUCUCUACCUCUUGCUAAGCCUUAGUGAAGACCCACGCAAGCAGCCAAACAAGGUUUCUAGCUAUGCCACGUUAUUUGCUCAAGCGUUACCAAGAGAUGCUCACUCUACUCCCUACUACUACGCCAGGCCUCAGACCCUCCCGCUGAACUACCAGGACCGCAGCACCCAGUCGGCGCAGAGCUCUGGCAGCGUUGGGAGCAGCGGCAUCAGCAGUAUAAGCAUGUGUGCCCUCAACGGCCCGGCCCCCACGCCACAGUCUCUCCUCCCGGGACAGUCUCAUCAAGCUCCAGGAGUAGGAGACUGUCUUCGACAGCAGUUGGGGUCACGUCUUGCAUGGACUUUAACUGCAAACCAGCCUUCUUUACAAACCACUACCUCAAAAGGCAUCCCCAGCACUGUUGCUCGCACCGUGACAAGGCCAAGGAGAGAAGGGGAUGCAGGUGGUGCUGUGGAAGUUACUGAGGCAGCCCUUGUCCGAGACAUUUUGUAUGUGUUCCAGGGCAUAGAUGGCAAAAAUAUCAAGAUGAGCAACGCUGAGAAUUGUUACAAAGUGGAGGGAAAGGCAAACCUAAGUAAAUCUUUGAGGGAUACGACAGUCAGACUUGCUGAGUUGGGAUGGUUACAUAAUAAAAUCAGAAAAUACACUGACCAGAGGAGUCUAGACCGUUCAUUUGGACUUGUAGGUCAGAGCUUUUGUGCUGCCUUGCACCAAGAACUCAAAGAAUACUAUCGAUUACUCUCUGUUUUACAUUCCCAGCUCCAGUUAGAGGAUGAUCAGGGUGUGAAUUUGGGCCUUGAGAGUAGCUUAACACUCCGGCGCCUCCUGGUUUGGACAUACGACCCCAAGAUACGACUGAAGACUCUGGCGGCCCUGGUGGACCACUGCCAAGGAAGGAAAGGAGGUGAGCUGGCCUCAGCCGUCCACGCCUACACGAAAACAGGAGACCCAUACAUGAGGUCCCUGGUGCAGCACAUUCUCGGCUUAGUGUCGCAUCCUGUCCUGAGCUUCCUCUACCGUUGGAUAUACGACGGGGAGCUCGAGGACACUUACCAUGAAUUUUUUGUAGCAUCGGAUCCAACAGUUAAAACAGAUCGACUCUGGCAUGACAAGUAUACUUUAAGGAAAUCGAUGAUUCCUUCGUUUAUUACCAUGGAUCAAUCUAGGAAGGUCCUUUUGAUAGGAAAGUCAAUAAAUUUCCUGCACCAAGUUUGUCAUGACCAGGCACCCACGACAAAGAUGAUAGCUGUGACUAAGUCUGCAGAAUCACCCCAGGAUGCUGCAGAUUUAUUCACAGAUUUGGAAAAUGCCUUUCAGGGGAAAAUUGAUGCAGCUUAUUUUGAGACCAGCAAAUAUCUAUUGGACGUUCUCAAUAAAAAGUAUAGCUUGCUGGACCACAUGCAGGCCAUGAGGCGCUACUUGCUUCUCGGUCAAGGAGACUUCAUAAGGCACUUAAUGGAUUUGCUCAAACCAGAGCUUGUCCGUCCAGCCACCACUUUGUAUCAACACAACUUGACUGGAAUUCUUGAGACUGCUGUCAGAGCCACCAACGCCCAGUUUGACAGCCCUGAGAUCCUCAAGCGACUGGACGUGAGGCUGCUGGAGGUGUCUCCAGGUGACACAGGGUGGGAUGUCUUCAGCCUGGAUUACCACGUUGACGGACCGAUCGCAACUGUGUUCACUCGAGAGUGCAUGAGCCACUACCUAAGAGUGUUUAACUUCCUUUGGAGGGCUAAGCGGAUGGAAUACAUCCUUACUGACAUCCGAAAGGGCCAUAUGUGCAACGCGAAGCUCCUGAGAAACAUGCCAGAGUUCUCUGGGGUGCUGCAUCACUGCCACAUUCUGGCGUCUGAGAUGGUCCAUUUCAUUCAUCAGAUGCAGUAUUACAUUACAUUUGAGGUGCUAGAAUGUUCCUGGGAUGAACUUUGGAACAAAGUGCAGCAGGCCCAAGACUUGGACCAUAUCAUUGCAGCACAUGAGGUGUUCCUGGACACCAUCAUCUCCCGGUGUCUGCUGGACACCGACUCCAGGGCACUUUUAAACCAGCUUAGAGCCGUGUUUGAUCAAAUUAUUGAACUUCAGAACGCUCAAGAUGCGAUCUACAGAGCUGCCCUAGAAGAACUGCAGAGACGGUCACAGUUUGAAGAGAAAAAGAGACAGCGUGAAACUGAGGGCCAGUGGGGAGUGACAGCAGCAGAGGAGGAGGAGGAGAACCAGAGGAUUCACGAAUUUCAAGAAUCUAUACCAAAAAUGUGUUCACAGCUGCGAAUAUUGACACACUUCUACCAGGGGAUCGUGCAGCAGUUUCUGGUGCUGCUGACCACCAGCUCGGAUGAAAGUCUCCGGUUCCUCAGCUUCAGGUUGGACUUCAAUGAGCAUUAUAAAGCCAGAGAGCCAAGACUCCGGGUGUCCCUGGGUGCCAGAGGGCGGCGCAGCUCCCACACGUGAGGGCUUUCGUGUCCUCUGAGGAGCCACCCCUGCUAUUAAUCGCAUUCUUAGACACAAACACUCACAUUCAAAUUCUCAAGGUGACGAACGUGCUGCGGGCGUCCACCAUUCCUGCCCACAGACGCUUGGGUGUUUCCUCGGCGUGGCGUCUGGCGGAAUCAGUCUUGUUUUUAUACAUCGGAGUGGAAUCUAUUUGUAAUAUCACUAAGUUAAAUAGGCUGGUUUGCACUAUUAAAAUUUAUUUCUAAAAGUCUUCAUAUUUAAAAGAUACCACACUUUGUUGAGGCUUCUUAAACCCUCGUGAUAUAAUUUAUAUUUGCCACUUAAAUCAGUUUCUUUUAGCAAAAACUAGGGCGAUGGAUAUCCAUCAGUUAAGGUGGUGAUGUCAUCACUAUUUUUUUAACAUUCUCCUUAGAGCCAAUUUUUUGUUAAUAUAGUCAAAUUAAAUUGAAACAAAAUGUCCCUACUAAGAAAAUAUAUAGAGCAUUUUAUUUUGUUUUUAGUGUUGUAAAAUAUUAAGAACCUUUAUAUCUUAGUGCGUUUACACAUGUUUAUUGUUCUUUUCUCUUCCUUCAAAGUUUACAUUUUUAUAUUUAAUUUACUCUUUCAGAUAGCUCUAGAACAGUGUAGAACAAAGUAGGAGUGACGUGGAACAAAAACAUCUGUCACCUGAAGCAGUAUGUAAAUAUGGGGACUAGAAAGUUAAUGAAGUAUUUUAUUUUCAAAAUUCUGAUAAGCAUUGGAAAGAAAUUGACUUGGAUAAUGAAGAUUUCCUUUUUCCUUGCCUAUUUUUUCAUUGUAAAUAUUUAUAUACUACUGAUCAGAUGUUGGAGGGAAAUGUUUUUGUAAAAUGUCAUAUCGAGUCACAUAAAUCUGCCUUUAUUAUGUUGCACAAGAAGUGAAAACUUAGAAAAUUAAAAGCGAUUAUCUUUCACA